AUGAUCGCGACGUCCGUCACCACCCCCGCGCCGCCGCUCGCCGCGCGGGCGCAGUUCGAGCGGCGCGCCCCUCGCGCGCUCGCCCGCCGCGCGGCCGUGCGCGUCCGCCCCGCGUCUCGCGGCGCCAUCCGCGCGCCCGGCCCGAUCCGCGUCUUCGCCGCCGAGAGCCGAGGGGAGGUGACCCUCCUGGACUACGGCGCCGGCAACGUUCGGAGCGUUCGCAACGCCAUCCAAGCCCUGGGCUUCACGGUCAAGUCCGUGGACGACCCCGCGGGCAUCGCCGCCGCGGACAAGCUCAUCUUCCCGGGCGUCGGCGCGUACGGGUCCGCCAUGGACGUCCUCACGUCGCGCGGGCUCGUCGACCCCAUCAAGGACUACGUCGCGUCCGGCAAGCCGUUCAUGGGCGUCUGCCUCGGCCUGCAGCUGCUGUUCGACGGCAGCGAGGAGAGCGGAGGGGUGGAGGGCCUCGGCAUCAUCCCCGGCGUCGUGGGCAAGUUCCGCGGCGACGGCCUCGUCGUCCCGCACAUCGGAUGGAACACCCUGGACUUUAAGCGCGACACCGGGCUCAUGGCCGACGUCCCACCCGGGGACAGGCUGUACUUUGUCCACUCGUACCGCGCCACCCCGGACGUCGCCAACGAGGACUGGGUGCUGGCGACGUGCGAGUACGGCGGGGAGUUCAUCGCGGCGGUGCAGAAGGGCGAGGUGAUGGCGUGCCAAUUUCACCCGGAGAAGUCUGGCGAGAAGGGACUGUCCAUCUUUCGAAACUUCCUCGAGGGCGACACCGAGGAGCGGGGCGCGGGCCGGGCGAAGACCAAACUCGCCGCGGACACGGACGACCUCGGCCUCGCCAAGCGCGUCAUCGCGUGCCUCGACGUCAGGUCCAACGACGCGGGGGACCUGGUGGUGACCAAGGGGGAUUCCUACGACGUUCGAGAGAAGGAUGACGGGAACGACGUGCGCAACCUCGGCAAACCCGUCGAGCUCGCGGGCAAGUACUUCAAGCAGGGCGCGGACGAGGUGGCGUUCCUGAACAUCACGGGAUACAGGGACCUGCCGCUGACGGACGCGCCCAUGCUCGAGGUGCUGCGAAGGUCGUCCGAGACGGUCUUCGUUCCCCUCACCGUGGGCGGCGGCAUUCGAGAUUUCACCGACUCCAACGGCGUGUCCUACACCGCGCUGGAGGUGGCGGCGGCGUACUUCAAGGCUGGCGCGGAUAAGGUCUCCAUCGGCUCCGACGCCGUGUACGUCGCCGAGCAGUACUACGCCAACGACAAGAAAAAAGACGGGUGCACGAGCAUCGAGCAGAUCAGCGAGCGAUACGGCGUGCAGGCGAUGGUCGUGUCCAUCGACCCGCGGCGGGCGUACGUCGCCGACCCCUCGGAGACUAAGAACAGGUGCAUCAAGACGUCGCGGCCGGGUCCGAACGGCGAGGAGUACGUGUGGUUCCAGUGCACCGUGAAGGGCGGGCGGGAGGGCCGGGACAUCGGCGCGUACGAGUUGGCGAUCGCGAUGGAGGAUCUCGGGUGCGGAGAGAUUUUGCUCAACUGCAUCGACGAGGACGGGCAAGGGAACGGGUUCGACCACGAGCUCGUGGGACUCGUCGCCGACGCGGUGACCAUCCCGGUGAUCGCGUCGUCUGGCGCGGGGGAGCCGAAGCACUUCACGGACGUGUUCAACGCGACGAAGUGCAGCGCGGCGCUCGCGGCGGGGAUCUUCCAUCGCGGCGAGGUGGACAUCUCCGAGGUGAAGGAUCACAUGAAGGGCGGGAAGAUCCCGACCAACGAGUUCAGGAGCGUGCUCUGA